UGUCCCAUACGGGCCUUGAUACCUUUCCACCUUCACCGCUGCCAUCUCCUCACAGCUAUUGAAGGGUUCUACGCUCUGGUCCUCGUCUUAAAUUGCCUAGCUACAUGUGAAACACCUCUCGGGAGUAUAUAGUAGCUUUCCAUGGACCCGGAAUCGAAAGAGGGUAUCCUAGACAGUUACUUCAGAAAUGCGCUCAAUGCCCAUUGCAUGUCCCGUCUCGACGUUCAGCCUGUGGGCUGUGAUGACUCGCAGGACGUCCAAAAUCCUAUGCUUCACGACUUGAUCGACACCACCGACAAUUCGUACCCUCGACAUAUCCAUACCUCAUGCGAGACAGACGUCAUGCUGUAUCUGCACAGAUUGAAGUCGGCGGAGACGAACGGCGGGAUAGUGGUCUGCAAGAUGGCUAUGGCGACCAUUCAGGGAGAGGAAAACUUACAACACGAGGCUGAAAUCUACGAGGCCCCUUACACGGAGCCGCUUCGUGGCAACAUCAUGCCGAACUACUUUGGACUGUUUCGAGGAGUGGUGGACGAACAGACCGUCACAUGUAUGGUGCUGGAAUUUUGUGGGGAGGCAGUGUCGGGCAGUCUGCAUGAGCAAAAGGAAUCAUUCAGAAAGGCAGUAAUCGAAGCGUACCUGGAAUUACAUUCAGAACGCAUUCAGCUCGUCAAAGGGGGCAGAGAAGACUACAAGACUCGAGACAUAAUCCGCAGGUCGGAUGGCACGCCUUGUCUCGUGGACUUUUCAGAGGCGUGUCGGCAUAUCGGCGGUCCAUGUGUUACCUCAGAACUCGAGUACAGUGAUUACAAGACUCCGCAUGAAUGGCCUCGUUCGGAUUUGGAAUGUGGAGAGCUGCUUGCUGUUUUCGGCGACGCAUGGGUUUUCGUGUCAGCUCGACUAGAAAUCCGAAGUGCGUCAAUGUUUAUACAUUACGACAAGGACGCGUCGGCGCAGGACUACUGGGACACAUACGGACGGGCAUUCAAGGCCCAGGGGUACAGCAGGGAGGACGGGCUUGCGCUGAUACAGCAGGCCUGUCAGAAGCAUGAAGAUCAUCUCGAAAGGAGACUCAGGAUUUUAGACGAAGUGGAGCGUGUAAACCAGUAAAGAAUGUACCAGUGUAGCAAGCUAUUAGGAAUCACUGCCUUCGGCUUUCACAUCCAAGUAGCAGACGCUUAGUACACAAUGAUUGAAUCAUGCUGCAGAUUGCAAAUGUGUAUGAUUGCUGUACCAGUAC